UCAGCAACCAUUUGACCCGCUGCCACGAUUUGAUGACAAUCACAAGCACUGCUUGGCAUAACAGUUCAGCAGUGGCAAUCUCCAUUCUCCGCCGGGUUUCUCUAUUGCAUUUCCAAUCCUUCACCGUCUCCUCAAGUCCCUCCUUUGCACCUCACUUCCCACCAUCAACACCCAGAACCUUUGCCGUUUCAAUGGCCAAGCCAUCGGGCAGUGGAGUGGUUCGCUUCAAAGUCUCUCCCUCAACCGCUUGCGUUAUUCAGAAGGGUGACAUCACAAAGUGGUUCAUCGACGGUUCUUCUGACGCCAUUGUCAAUCCAGCAAAUCAGGUAAUGCUUGGAGGUGGUGGUGCUGAUGGAGCCAUACAUAAUGCUGCUGGGCCAGAUCUCAUACAAGCAUGUUAUUCUGUCCAAGAAGUCCAACCUGGAAUCCGUUGUCCAACUGGAGAAGCAAGGAUUACGCCAGGUUUUCAGUUGCCAGCAUCUCAUGUAAUCCAUACUGUUGGACCCAUCUACAAUGCUAGUAGAAACCCCCAGGCCCUAUUGAGAAGCGCAUAUAGAAAUUCCUUGGCCGUGGCAAAGGAGAAUAACAUUCAAUAUAUUGCUUUUCCUGCCAUAUCCUGUGGUGUAUUUCGAUAUCCUUACGAUGAAGCUGCCACAAUAGCCUUAUCUACCAUUAAAGAGUUUUCCCAGGGCCUGAAAGAAGUGCACUUUGUCCUUUAUGCUCCUGAUAUUUACGAUGUUUGGUUGGACAAGGCAAAUGAACUGCUCGAGCACUAGUGCAGGCUGCGUUGGUAAUCGUAUCAUUCACCUUCGCCCUUUAAAGCUUUUGUGUCGUAUUCAUCUCAACAAAAUCAUGCUUUCUCAUCAAAUUAUCUGGGUUAUUCAAUAAACUUUGGAUCGUUUCUAUAAUGUAGAGUGCUAAAAAUACGUGCUUGAAUCUUCAUAAAUCUAACCGCUGUUAGCUUGUCUAUAUAUUUAAUGCUUGAAAAUGGUUUCUUGAUCAAACAAUGAAGAUAAUGAAGAAUCUAGUGGAUCUCAUGAGAUCAAUUUGUUGA